AGUUUGUCACUACAUAUAUACAUAGUCCAAAAUAUGUAAUCGAUUUUACCAACGGCCUGUCUCAUCGUUAUUAGUUAUAAUAUUAUAUAAUACACAUAAAUCAUAAAACUCAAUAGUUAACGAUCAUCGAAUCAUUCUACCGGUAGUUAAGCGAUAAGACCUUCAACGCUCGUAGUUUGUUUAGUUGAUCUGUUUUUUUACUCUAUUCGCUAACCUCAUGCUCUUGUGAUUCUUUCAGUUACGAGACAUUCAGUCGAUCUUACUUCUCAGCUCUCAUCCAGGAACCUAAAAGGUUCAAGAGAGUCGAGACACGUAGCAGCUUUACGCACAACAAAGACGUCUGCCAACAACCAUGUCUUUCAACUUCCCGGCAUGCACUUACAUUGUGGCCAUGAUAUCUGACGCUUUUCUGUUGUUCUUCUCGGUGUUUCAUGUUAUUGCAUUCGAUGAACUGAAAAAUGACAGCAAGAAUCCUAUUGAUCAAUGCAACAGCUUAAAUCCAUUAGUGAUUCCAGAAUACAUUUUGCAUUUCUUCUCCAAUUUAUUAUUUUUGUUUGGAGGCCAAUGGUUAUCCAUUGCUAUAAAUGUUCCAUUAAUGGCUUAUCAUAUUUCAAAGUAUCAAAAUAGACCAGCUAUGUCUGGUUUUGGUCUCUAUGAUCCAACAAGUAUUAUGAAUGCUGAUAAAUUAAAUAAAUAUCAACGUGAAGGUUGGAUAAAAUUGACAUUUUAUUUGUUUUCAUUUUUUUACUACUUAUAUGGAAUGAUAAGAGCAUUAAUCACAGUUUAAACUUAUGAUGCUAUAAACUAUGAACUUGUACAACUAUUAUAGUCAACAAAUUAUAUUUAACCGAUGGACAAUUGGAACAAUUAUUGUAAUCACCAGAAUGAAAAAUCCAACCAUUUUUAAAAUUAUUUCAGUAAGAAUAACAAUCUUCAACUUUGUAAAAUGUUUACAGUAGUAAUAAUAAUACUCAUAUUGUGCAUAGAUAAUAAAUAUUCAUAAAAAUUAAUUUAAUUGAUUAUUAAAAAUAUUUUGUAAUUUAAUAUUUUUUCUAUAGAAUUUUUCAAUUUAUUAAUUCAUAAAUCUCUUCAUCAUGUUAAAUACAUAUAUAUUUUUACUUUUAAUUUUUACAACACAAUAGGAUUAAAUUUACUUAAAAUUGAUAAAUUAUAUUUGCAGGUAAAUAUGUAUAUUACUGGCAAUCUAGAAUGUUCGAACUAAGUUUGUAUUAUACUUGAUACAUUUUAUUAUAUUCAACAGAUAACUAAAAUAAUACUAAUAAUAGUAAAUUGUAAGAAAGAUUUUCUUUAGUUUUAUUUAACUGAUUAUUUAAUUUACAAUAAAAAUUAUUAUUUAUUUUUUCAUAUCAAUAGUCAUAUUAUUUAAAUUAUGAUAACAUUUGGAUUAAUUUUAAAAAUAAAAAUGCUUACUUAAAAAAAAAAAAAACUGUUUAUUAGAUUUAAAUAUAAUUACAUUCUUAUACUUAAUAUUUAGAAUAUUAUAUAAGCCAUAAAGUGUCAUAGGGCUUAAGACUACUGCAAAAAAAAAAAAUAAAAUAUAUAACUAUGGUCAACUGACUUUUAUCAUCAUAACUUAUCAAUAUUAAUUUGUCAUUCAUUUUUUCCUAAAUAUAGAUUGAAAAUAUAUAUUUUGUAUUGUAAAUUUUACAUUUUUAUUAAAAAAUAAAAAAAAUAAUGAUCAAAUUCA